AUGUCCAUCUCGACGACAGCCAGGCCCUCGUACGACGUGGUCGUAGUCGGUGCCGGCCUGAGUGGUCUUCAAGCUGCUCUCACAGUCCGUGCUGCAGGGCUCAGUGUUUGUGUCUUGGAGGCGAACAACCGAGUCGGAGGGAAGACCCUCACCCUCCAGUCCAGCGAGAAGGGAUUUAAUGAUUUGGGUGCGGCCUGGAUCAAUGACACCAAUCAAAGCGAAAUUUUCAAACUCUUUCAGCGAUAUGGCAUUGACACUGAAAUCCAACUGGAUCAUGGAGACAGCGUCCUUGAGCCCGCGGUGGGGUCUAUCGUGAAGCUGCCGUAUGGCCAACUUCCGGGUAAUCCAACUGUGUUCAUAAACCUCAUGAUGGUUCUUCGAGCAGAGUCCGCCAUCGUGGACAUCAACAACCCUUGUAACUCUCCAGGUGCCAAGGAGAUUGACCAUACAACUUUCGAGGACUUUUGUGUCAGCAGAACCAAGUCUGAAGACGCGGCUGAUAUUGCCGAUCUGAUAUGCAGUGCACUUUUAGGAGUGGAAAGUGACGAAGUCAGCGCCUUGUUCAUGUUGCACUAUAUUAAAUGUGGGUGCGGAAUCGACAACCUCCUCUCAGAUCAGAAAGAUGGAGGACAAUAUUUACGCAAUAGACAAGGUAUUUACCACGGAAAAAGAGAGCCUUCGGUGUUAGUUUUGGGCGCUAACGGUCUAGGCAAUCAAACCAUCUCCCGAAGAAUGGCCAAGGAACUGGGUCCAGGCUCAGUUCUCCUGCGUAAUCCUGUUACUUCAAUUGAUCAGUCGCAAGAGUCUAAAUGUGUGAUCACAACAGAGAGUGGACUGGUGGUUCAUUCUCGAAAAGUCAUCGUCUCGAUUCCUACAACCCUCUACCCAUCAAUUGAAUUUACCCCUCCCCUGCCCGAGAAAAAAGCAGCUCUCGGCGAAAACACAGCGAUGGGAUAUUACAGCAAGAUGGUAUUCGUUUUUGACAAACCUUGGUGGCGCAAUGCUGGUUUCUCUGGCUGUUUGGACGCCGAGAUCGGCCCCAUCAGCUUCUCUCGAGAUACCAGCAUUCCUGCUGAUGGUCAAUGGUCAAUCACUUGCUUUAUCGUUGGCGAGAGAGGAAGGCAAUGGUCCAAACUGUCCAAGGCGGCUCGUUAUUGUCAAGUAUGGGAGCAAUUCUCCAGGGGAUUCGGAAAGUUUGUCGAGGAUAUACCCGAACCAGCAAAUACCCUGGAGGUUGAGUGGCUCAAGCAAGCUUUCUUUCUAGGGGCUCCCUGUCCAGUGAUGGCACCCGGAGUGAUGACUGCAGUUGGCACUGAACUGACGACAUCCUUUGAAAACAUACACUUUGUAGGCACCGAGACUGCAUCUGUUUGGCGUGGAUACAUGGAGGGUGCCGUGCGCUCUGGGCAGCGAGGAGGCGCCGAGGUUGUGCAGGCAUUAUCAAAAGGACUUAAUGGUCGAGUGUAG